GGCCUCCCGGCCUCCCGGCCUCCGGGCGCCUGCCCAGCUCGGCCAGGCUCCGGGCGCAGCGGGACGGAGCGGGCGGCGUUGGGACAGGGAACCAUGGAGCUGUACUUUGGUGAAUACCGACACGUGCAGCAGGAAUACGGCGUCCACCUGCGACUAGCAAGUGAGGCGACCAAGAAAACAAGGAGUUCCCCACACUCCAAGACAGGCUCCUAUGGUGUCAGUAUCAGAGUCCAGGGGAUUGAUGGUCACCCCUACAUAGUCCUCAACAACACGGAGCACUGUCUAGCAGGCAGGCCUUUUUCAGAAAAUGGGCCCUCCUUUCCAUCUUCGAUGAUCAGUGACCUGCCUGGAUGCUCCGGCUCUGUACCAAAGGAGAGCAGCAUGGAAGAGCCACCGCACCCAGAGAACUCAUACGCCCAGCCCAGCCCGCCCAGAAACCCGAAGCAGCCCUCUCUCCACGAGGGCAGGAACAGUGUCCUAGAACGAAAAGACAUCCCAGGGAAGUCUUCCCACCUGCUGAACUUUCAAAGGCACCCAGAGCUUUUGCAGCCCUACGACCCUGACAAGAAUGACCUGAACUUGCACAAUCUCCAAGCUCCCGAGAGCGACGGGUUGAACGGUUUGGCAGAAGAAGGUGCUAACAACAAGAAGCAGCCUUGGGCUUGUUCUUCCAAACCUGGCAACCCCCCGCCCACCAGCCCUUCCCUGGAGUCCACCCGCCUGUGCAGCUCUGUGGUCACAGAGGAGCCUGAGAAGCAGACCUCAGUGUGUGUCAAUGUUCAGAGCUGCAUGAAGGAAGGGCGGGUGGGGGACGCCCUUUCCCCUAGCAGGAGGUCCCUGUCUACCCUCAGCCCACAGGCCCACGGCGAAAUCAAGAAAACCAGGCCAGAUGUUCUUCCCUUCCGGCGACAAGACUCAGCGGGCCCCAUCCUGGACGGAGCUCGCUCACGGAGGUCCUCAUCCUCCUCCACCACGCCCACCUCAGCCAACUCUUUGUAUAGGUUUCUGCUUGAUGAUCAGGAAUGUGCCAUCCAUGCUGACAACGUCAACCGGCACGAAAACAGGAGGUAUAUCCCCUUCUUCCCCGGAACUGGGAGGGAUAUCGACACGGGCUCAAUUCCUGGUGUGGAUCAGUUGAUUGAAAAAUUUGAUCAAAAGCCUGGACUUCAGAGAAGAGGAAGGUCUGGGAAGCGAAACAGAAUCAACCCAGAUGACAGGAAGAGGUCCCGGAGCGUGGACAGUGCGUUUCCUUUUGGUUUACAGGGUAACUCAGAGUACCUGACAGAGUUCAGCAGGAACCUGGGCAAGUCCAGUGAACGCCUCCUCCGGCCGUCCCAGCUGUGUCCCCAGAGGUCCCUGGCUCAGGAGUACCUUGGGAAGCAGGGCAUGGGCCGAGCCUUUGCCAAGCUGCAGGGAGCCAUGCACGGCGCCCAGGGUGCCCCACAGAACAAAGAUGGGAAAGUUCCAGAAAACAAAGGAGGUCGGGAAGGCACCGUGGUGGUUUGUGCACCCUCCCUUCCAGCUCAGGCCAGAAAGGAGGAUGAAAUAAAAACAGCCACUGCCACGCUGAUGUUGCAGAAUCGGGCCGUGGCAACCUCACCGGAUUCCGGCGCCAAGAAAAUUUCCAUGAAGACAUUUUCUUCCAACUCAAAUACUCAGGCCACACCAGAUCUCUUAAAGGGCCAGCAAGAGCUCAACCAACAAGCCAAUGAGGAGACGGCCAAGCAGAUACUUUAUAAUUACCUCAAAGAAGGAAGCUCUGACAAUGAGGAUGCCACUAAAAGGAAAGUCAACUUGGUCUUUGAGAAAAUCCAGACUUUAAAGUCUCGAGCAGCAGGGAGUGCCCAAGGGAAUCCUCAAACAUCUAGCUCCUCAUCUGAAGUCAAAGAUCUGUUGGAACAGAAAAACAAGUUGACCUCAGAAGUGGCUGAACUUCAGCGGCAACUUCAACUAGAGGUCAAGAACCAGCAGAACAUCCAAGAAGAGAGAGAGCGCCUGAGAGCGGACUUGGAAGAAGUGCGGAGCCAGCUGGACAGGCGGGUGGAGGACAGUGCUGCGCUACAGCAGCGCCUGGAGGACAGCGAGGCUGAGCUUCGAAAGAGCCUGGAGGAGCUCUUCCAGGUGAAGAUGGAGCGGGAACAGCACCAGACUGAGAUCAGGGAUCUGCAGGACCAGCUCUCAGAGAUGCAUGAUGAACUGGACAGUGCCAAGCACUCAGAGGACAGGGAGAAGGCGGCUCUGAUCGAGGAGCUUCUGCAGGCAAAGCGGGACCUUCACGAUCUGCUGAUUGCCAAAGAGGAGCUGGAAGAUCUCUUGAGAAAGCGAGAGCGUGAGCUCACUGCCCUGAAGGGCGCCCUGAAAGAAGAGGUUUCCAGCCACGACCAGGAGAUGGACAGGCUGAAGGAGCAGUACGACAUGGAGCUGCAGGCCCUGAGGGAGAGUGUGGAGGAGGCAACCAAGAAUGUCGAAGUCCUGGCCAGCUGGAGCAACACUUCAGAACAGACUCAGGUGGGGGCUGAGAUGCGGGAAAAAGCGCUGAAGGAGGAGAUGGAGAAGCUGCAAGGCAGAGCUGAGGAGCUGGAGUGCAGAGUGGCCGAGCUGCAAGCGCAGCUGGAGGACGGCAAAGGUGGUGAGGCCCAGGCUGAGGAAGCGCUCCGGAAGUGCAAGGGUGAAGUGUGGCAGCUAGAGGAGGCCCUUGUACACGCCAGGAAGGGAGAAGAAGAAGCUGUGUCAGCCAGAAGGGCCCUGGAGAGUGAGCUGGCAGAUGCUCAGCAAGAACUGAGUCGGACCAUCCAGGAGCAGAAGCAGCUGUCCAAGAAGCUGCAAGAUGAGACUGAGCAGAAGGAGCAGUUAAGAAGGUUAAAGAAUGAGAUGGACAGUGAGCGGCGACAUCUCGGCGAGACCAUCGAGAAGCUGCAGAAGGAGAUGGCCGACAUUGUGGAGGCAUCUCGCACAUCGACCCUGGAGCUCCAGAACCAGCUGGAUGAGUACAAGGACAAAAAUCGCAGGGAGCUCGCGGAAGUGCAGAGGCAGUUGAAGGAGAAAACCGUUGAGGCAGAAAAUUCCCACCUGGCCGCCAUGAAACUGCAGGAUGAGAUGCGCCUGAUGGAGGAGGAGAUACGGGACCACCAGCGGGCUCAGGACGAAGCGCUCACGAAAAAGCAGCUGCUGGAGCAAACGCUGAAGGACCUGGAACAUGAGCUGGAGGCCAGGAGUCACCUCCGAGAUGACCGAAGCCGGCUGGUCAAGCAGAUGGAGGACAAGGUGUCUCAGCUGGAGAUGGAGCUGGAAGAGGAAAGAAACAACUCAGAUUUGCUGUCUGAGAGGAUCACUCGGAGCAGGGAGCAGAUGGAGCAGAUGAGGAACGAGCUUCUUCAGGAGCGAGCUGUGCGACAAGACUUGGAGUGUGACAAGAUUUCCCUGGAGAGACAGAACAAGGACUUGAAAAGCCGGAUUGGACACCUGGAAGGCUCCUACAGGUCCAGCAAGGAAGGGCUGGUGGUGCAGAUGGAGGCCCGGAUCGUGGAGCUGGAGGACCGACUGGAGAGCGAGGAGAGGGACCGGGCCAGUCUGCAGCUCAGCAACCGCAGGCUGGAGCGGAAGGUGAAGGAGCUGGUGAUGCAGGUGGAUGACGAGCACCUGUCCCUGACAGACCAGAAGGACCAGCUGAGCUUGCGCUUGAAAGCAAUGAAGCGGCAGGUGGAAGAGGCCGAGGAGGAAAUCGAUCGGCUGGAAAGUUCUAAGAAGAAGCUGCAAAGGGAGCUGGAGGAGCAGGUGGAUGUGAAUGAGCAGCUGCAGGGGCAGCUCAGCUCCUUGAAGAAGGACUUAAGACUUAAGAAGCUGCCGAGUAAAGUUCUGGAUGACAUGGAUGAUGACGACGACCUCAGCACCGAUGGCGGGAGCCUCUAUGAAGCACCGCUGAGCUUCACCUUCCCCAGGGACAGCGCUGUGGUCAGCCAGAUCUAACCCGCUUCCUUGGUUCCUGCCAGGACUCUGCAGCUGGCCAGCAGGAGGCAGCAGGGGGAGUGGAGUGUGGGGGGCCCUGGCCGCCCCUACACAUAGUUCUCAAGCUCACAGCCCUCCCUGGUGUCUCCAGUGUCUUCCACCGGGAGCCACUGUGGUUUAGAACAAGGCAGCGGAGCCACCACCCACUGGCUCAUUUGGGGAAAUGUGCCUUGGUAGGAUGAAGGCCCUGUUCUGCACAGCUGUGCCCCCUCCUGCCAAGAGAGAGGGUCCAAAGUGCUACUCACUACUUCAGAGCCAAGUGCAGGAAAGGGAAUGAUGUACAUAUGGUAAAGCAGACCUUCACACGGACUGCUGCUGUUCCAUUUCAGAACAUUCCACAGCCUUUGUAAAGCUCACACACCUAUAACAAGUAUUCUUUUCUAAAACCCAAAGCUACUGGGCUUUAUUCAAAAGCAGAGGUGAGAGGCAAGGUAGACUAUAGGCCACUUUGGAAAUCAGAGUUGGAAAAAAAGAAUCACAGUGACCUGUACUGGGAGCAGAUGCUCAGGUGGCCUAGGUAAACCACUGUUGCUGAUCAAGGAGGUGUUCAGUAAGGUCAUGGGGAAAGGGAGAGGGGAGAGGAGGUGAACAGCAGGUAUGGGUGUGGGACUGGCAUGAGAAGGUAGACGGAAAAGUCCUUGAAAGCUGGGGGAUGUGUAGAUCAGGGUUGGGUUGGGCUGGAGCUGGAUUGAUAUUCGGGAAGGAAGAGUGGGAUGUGUCUGCAAACUGGAGGUCUCCUUUCAGCUUCUGGGCACAAGGGGACUCGGAAUGGGUCAGGCCUGGGGGGAAGGCCAUAACCUCAGAAGAUGCUGGGUAUCCCAGUGCUGGAUGGGCAGCUCAGGAGGGAAGUGGCCAGGGAGAGGACCAUGGGAGGUAGCAAUGAACCAAGAUGGCUUCUGCAGUGUCCCCUCACACUGUGGCCUGUGGGCCACAGAAGUCCACGACAGUUGGCAUGGGUCCCACUUAGGGUCCCAGAGCUGGUCAACAAGAUGCAGAGUCAGCAGCCUGCAGAGAAUGGUGGGCAUCUGGAGCUGGAGAGCAAAGCUUUCCUCUGCCACCACCUGGGUCACUGUCCCCUCACCACCCCUAGGGGUGGCUGUGGCCCCUGCUCACUCUUAGGGUGUGGAGGAAGCCCUCCCUUAGCCAUUCAUCCGUGUAAUAAUUCUGUUGGGCACCUGUGGUGUGGCAGGCACAGCCUUGGUGCUAAGGCAGCAGUGAAUACAUGGGUAAAAACCGUCCUCCUCGAGCUCAGUCAGCGGAGGGGGUGACAAGCAAUAACCAAGCUGACGCAGCGCUGAGGACCGCAGAACCCAGCCCCAAGCCCUCUGCCCUCUUGGGGAUGUGACAAUUACAGGGCUCCUUGGGACCCUUAGAAUGUAUUUCAUUUCCCUGUUGCUUCCACAUAUCCAAACACCUGCCAGGAAGCCAGGAAGCCAGCCCUACAAGGGCCUCGCACAGGGGUAACUAGAGCCCAGGGAAGAGCUUAGCGAGCCCAGAACCAGGGGAGGGAGCAUCCGGUCUGCUUGAAGAAAAAGCAGCUGCCUCUCAUUCUUGCCUGUUCUUCCUGGUAGCUGUGAAGGUGGCUGUCGGAAGCAAAGGGCCCCUGAAUAGAGACAGGACACCAUUGAAAAUGGUUACAUUGUUACCCUAGAAAGAGUGGCUACAGUGCAGUUGGCAGCGUCCAGAGGCCUGCAGUACGAUGGGGCAGGAGGGGCACUGACUGGGGUUUGGAGAGGUGUUCUGGGGCCCUGCUCAUCUCCUCCCCAUGGCCUUGGCCUUGACAGGUGUUGGCUGGGAUGAGAUGAGAUGAGAUGAGCAGGGUCCCGGGUCCUUCCCAGCUUGAACUCACAGCCAAUCUCUGAUCAUAUAUACAUACGUUAUAUAUACCUACUUUUCUCUCCUUUAUUGCUUGAAGAGCUAACUCCUGCUCAAGAGUAUUUUCAUUAGCUAGGUUAAAAAGAAAAAAAAUGUAAAAAAUAUAUGGCCAAAUGCAAUGCUGAAGAGACAAUCAUCAAAUAUCUUUUAUAAUUUCUGGGCCUGCUUCGGAGUGUCAUUCCACCAUGCCUGUUCGCGUACUUGGGUUUUGCUUCAGCGGAUGGUUUUGUUGUCAUGGGGAAAAGACAUUCUCGUUGUGGGUACCUCCAUGUAAGUGAAUACCUGGAUACAGCAAGAUUUCCUUUCAAUAAACUGUGUCACCCAACUGGAA